AUGGUUCUUGGAAACAGAGCAGUUGUUGAAACAUGGAUAAUAUUUCAAUUUUUUAAUGUCAUACCUUUAUGUUUUUUAUUCCUUCAAUUUCUUCAUAAGGGAAAACAUUAUACUAUAGCUUGCCUUAGUAUAACAACGAUAUUUGAUUGUAUAAUAAGUGUACCCGUUGCUUUACAAUAUUAUUUUAUCAACCAAAGUUCUAUAACGUCAACACCUCAAAAUACCUCAACAACAAACGACUCGAUUACUACUGAUAAUGAUACUGAAACCUCUCCGACGAUGUUAUUAAUUGCUCUCGAUGGCACUGCUAAUAUAGAACCUAUUUGCAUCGCUCAAGCUUACGCAUUAUAUUUUAUAGAAUUAAGUAUUGGGUUUUGGAUCUUUUGCUUAAUGAUUAAUAUGUGGUUGUUGUUAGUUAAAGCUACGAGCGAUAUUGAGGCCAAAUGGUUCAAGGUUAUGUAUACGAAUGAUCCUAUUUUGCGCUCUUUUUGUUGUCUUGUCUUUUAUAAAACUUGUUGGAAUACAACAAAUGUUUGCAGAGCGAUGGCCCUAAUGUCGCCACAUAUAAAUGCUUAUUUCAACACAAUUUUGGCAUUUGGUCUCUUCUUAAUCUUUGGUACAACUCAAGAAGCUCUACGUUCUUUACUUCUUUGUAUAUGUUUAAAGCCCAUAUUCCGUAAACGAUCAUCUAUUGCUUCAUUUGUUGGUAGUCCUGAGCAUAAUUCAAUGAAUGAUGAUGAUACAUCGGCAAUGGCAGUUAACGGAGAAGAUGAUGAUAUUGAGAUGGACUCAGAGAUGGAGAUAUCAAUUGUUGAGCCUCCACCUAGCACAUUCGGAAAUUUGAAAAGGACAACAUCAUUCAGUAAAUAUAAAAUAGGAGAUGAUGUUUUAAAAUUUGAAGAAAUUAGAUGGGGUAACGUGUUUAGAAAUUAUAGCAUUGGCAGAAAUGGUCGUCAUAAUUAUGGAGGAAAUAAUAAAUCAGACAAGAAUGGUGGUGAUAAUAGUACUAGUGCAAUUAAUAGUGCAAUUAAUAGCGUUAAAAGUUUUAAAAGUUUUAAAAGUUUUAAUAGAUUUCUUGAAAUAGAGAAUAAAAUAACAGUAAGUUUAACGAACAAUGACCAGAUAAAUUCCGAUAUUUUAUCUUCGACACCACCACCACCACCCAUUCCUUUCAUGCAACCUAAAACGCCCGGAUCAAUGAGAAAUUAA